AUGCCUCGAGGUCGCCCUUCGAUUCGGGGAACUCCCAGCGCUGCUUCUGUAGCUGAUGCUUCUCGAGAGACAUCAACUGCAUCUGUGCGAGUGACUCGCUCAGCCUUGACUAGAAGUCAGGCUCACUCAUCCGCAUCAACUCCUACUUCGGGUGCUCCCUCUACCUCAAGGCCGAGAGGGCGUCCGCGGAAAAGUGUUGCUGAGGCAGAUGUAUCCCAUAUCGCCCAGUCUCCUAUCCCGGAUAUUGCACCUCCUACUAAACGACGUGGCCGACCAAGCAAGGCGAAUGUAGUAGAAAGCGAGUCGGUGUCAUCAGUGCCCACUCCCCAGGACCCAGACUCUGGAAGUGAUUAUUCAACCCCUGCCUCUAGUAAAGUGCCGACUCCGGCAGCUUUUGACCAUGGAAAGUCCGGCGUAUCCUUCGAAGUUCAACUUCCAGCAGCUUCUGCCUCACGACUUCCAGACCGUGAGCGAGGUCUGCGCAAUAGCGUGUGGGCAAUGAACACAAGGAAGGGGAAGUCAACUAAGAUGGAAGACUCGGACGACGAUGAACUUAUGGACGAUUCGCGAGAUGCCCAGGUUGCUCGCCGUCUACAUAAGGAGGAACUUGACCAAGCAUCGAUCGCUGCGUCACCGUCACUUCCCUUACGCCGGAGUGGUAGACCUUCUUUGACUUCUGGUCUCCCUUCCACUACCCAUCCUACUCAAGCUUUUGUUAAGCGUGAACGAGCGUUGACUGAUUCCUCUGCCAAGCGAGGACGCCCGUUGAAGAAGCAGAGGGUCAUAGCUGAUUCAGAUGACGAAGACAUCGACAUGGAUGCCGAGAUUGCAGCAGCUGAGGCGCUUGACCUGGAUGAAGAUCUUUCGGAAUUGAGCUCAUAUGAGGAAGAAUCCCUUGCAGACGACGAUGCUAGUGACGAAGAAGUUGCAUACGCCUCUAGUGAUGAUGAUGCCCCGUUGGCGAGAUCACGAAAAUCGGCUGGAAAGCUGCCAGCACGCGCUCAGGUGCGUUCAUCUCGUGGAAAUGAUGCCACAACUACAUUAGCGACGACUUUCGAUUCAGCAACUGCAUUAGGAAAAAGCGCGUCCGCUGAUGAACUCGACGCUAUGGAGAACGCCAUGGGGGAUGCUGAUUUCACCGACUUUGCCAACGAUGAUUCCGUCAACGACCUUGGUACUAGUGAUACCGAGGAUGGUGUUGGUGGCAAUGGUGCCGAUAUGGCAGCUAUCUCUCAAAGCCGACGGGCUUUUCGACGACAGGGUAGAAGCAAACGCAUUAUUAGGGAACGAGAGCGUUUGGAAAAGAACCACCCCGAGAUCAUAACCAUGUGGACCACUCUAGAGAACAUGCCGGUGCUCAAGGCUGGUAAGGCACCACAGCCACAAACUAUCUCACGCCAACUCAAGGGAUUUCAACUUGAAGGCCUCGCUUGGAUGAUAGAGAUGGAAAAGACAGAGUGGAAGGGCGGCUUGCUCGGUGAUGAAAUGGGCCUGGGAAAAACCAUCCAGGCCGUGUCUCUUAUCAUGUCAGACUACCCCGCCAAACAACCAACAUUGGUUCUUGUGCCACCAGUUGCAUUGAUGCAAUGGCAGCAGGAGAUCAAGUCAUAUACCGAUGGCACCUUGAAGACCUUUGUUUACCAUGGCACUAAUCAAAAGACUAAAGGUAUCACUGCGAGAGAGCUCAAGAAGUUCGAUGUGAUUAUGAUGUCGUACAACAGCCUCGAGUCAAUCUAUCGGAAGCAGGAAAAGGGAUUCAAGCGCAAAGAUGGUAUCUACAAGGAGAAGAGUGUUAUCCACUCGAUUGAAUUCCAUCGAAUCAUUCUGGAUGAAGCACACUGUAUCAAAACACGCACCACCAUGACCGCCAAAGCAUGCUUCGCUCUCAAGACCGGCUUUCGAUGGUGCCUUUCCGGCACACCUCUUCAGAAUCGAAUCGGAGAGUUUUUCUCUUUGAUUCGCUUUCUCAACAUCCGACCUUUCGCAUCUUACCUCUGUAAGCAAUGUCCUUGCUCGACGCUUGAAUGGUCUAUGGACGAGAAUAGUCGCUGUUCCGGCUGUAAGCACGCUGGUAUGCAGCAUGUUUCUGUUUUCAACCAGGAGCUUCUCAACCCCAUCCAGAAGUUUGGUAACCGUGGUCCUGGCCAUCAGGCCUUCAAAAAGUUGCGACUGAUGACUGACCGCAUCAUGUUGCGUCGUCUCAAGAAGGAUCAUACCAAUUCUAUGGAGCUUCCAGUCAAGGAAAUCUACGUUGAUCGACAGUUCUUUGGAGAAGAAGAGAAUGAUUUUGCCAACAGUAUCAUGACCAGUGGCCAGCGCAAGUUUGACACUUACGUCGCCCAGGGUGUCCUUCUGAACAACUACGCCAACAUCUUUGGUCUCAUCAUGCAGAUGAGACAAGUGGCAGAUCAUCCUGACUUGCUUCUCAAAAAGCAUGCUGAAGGAGGACAGAACGUGCUUGUCUGUUGCAUUUGUGAUGAGCCAGCUGAGGACACAGUGCGCAGCAGGUGCAAACAUGACUUUUGCAGAGCCUGUGUCGGUAGCUACGUCCGUUCGACUGAUGAGCCUGAUUGCCCCCGUUGUCAUAUUCCCCUGUCGAUUGAUCUUGAGCAGCCAGAGAUUGAACAAGACGAAAACCUUGUCAAGAAGAACUCAAUUAUCAACCGAAUCAAGAUGGAAAACUGGACUUCAUCGUCAAAGAUCGAACUACUUGUCCACGAGCUACACAAGCUACGCUCAGACAAUGCCUCACACAAAUCGAUCAUCUUUUCACAGUUCACCACUAUGCUGCAGCUCAUUGAGUGGCGCCUUCGCCGAGCCGGUAUCACUACAGUGAUGCUUGACGGCAGCAUGACCCCUGCCCAGCGUCAGGCUUCGAUCGAGCAUUUCAUGACCAAUGUGAACGUUGAAUGUUUCUUGGUGUCCCUCAAGGCCGGUGGUGUGGCACUAAAUCUCACUGAAGCUUCUCGAGUCUUCAUUGUUGAUCCAUGGUGGAACCCAGCUGCCGAAUGGCAGUCAGCCGAUCGAUGCCAUCGUAUCGGACAGACUCGGCCUUGCACAAUCACUCGUUUGUGCAUUGAAGAUUCAGUUGAGAGCAGAAUGGUGUUGAUUCAAGAGAAGAAAACCAACAUGAUUAACUCUACAGUCAACGCAGACGACAAAGCGAUGGACUCUCUCAGCCCUGAGGACAUGCAAUUCCUCUUCCGUGGUUCUUAA